AUGUCGGGUGGUGACAUCGGCAAGUGGAAUACAUCCGGCUGUGAAGCGAAGCAUAGAGAAAACCAAACCACCUGCCUUUGUGACCAUCUCACCUUCUUUGCGGUGCUCAUGCUCCCCUCCUCAGAUAUAGACGAGAUCCACAAGAACUACCUGACCAUUAUCAGUUAUGUUGGUUGCAUCAUUUCAGCUCUGGCUUCACUCAUCACCAUUGUCUUCCUUUGCUUGAGGAAAAAGCAGAGAAACCACAUUGUCUAUGUCCACAUGAAUCUCCUCUGGGCCAUCUUUCUUCUCAACGUGAGCUUCCUCGUCACGAUGCCUCUGGCUCCUAACAUGGAAGGCAUGGCUUGCAAAGCUAGUGGGACGUUCUUGCACUUUUCCGUGCUUGCAUGCUUGACCUGGAUGGCCAUUGAGGGCUACAGUCUCUACCGGCUGGUUAUCCAAGUCUUCAACUCUUACAUGAAAUGCUUACUUGUCAAGCUGUCCUUAAUAGGUUGGGGUCUUCCUCUACUCGUCGUGUGCCUAAUUUUUGGGAUUGAUCAGUCCUCCUAUGGGCUUUCCUCUCUUAAAGUCUAUACAUCUCCUGAUCAAUACCACAUUGAAUUCAUCUGUUGGAUCACCAAAAAGGAGAUCAACAAUUUCUUGAAUUUGGGCUAUUUAGGCCUGGUGGUCUUGUUCAACAGCAUCAUGCUAGUCAUCAUGGUGUAUGAGAUUCGUAGGCUGAGACAUCGAGAGCAUCACUGGAGAUAUGUGGUGAUGCUCCUGGGCCUGAGCUGCGUCCUGGGCAUUCCGUGGGGGCUGGUCUUCUUCGCAUUCGCUUCUGGGACCUUCAAGCUGGUGGCCGUCUAUCUGUUCACCAUCAUCAACUCUCUCCAAGGCUUCCUCAUCUUCCUUUGGUACUUGGCCAAAGUGCUGCAGUCUCGCAGGUCGAAUUCCAUGCAGUGCACGACUUCCAACAGCCUGAAUCUCCAGUCCAGCAACUCCAGCAUCUGACCUUGUCCUGGCCAGGGGGACUUUGGAUGUGAAACGCUCACACAAGGAUCUUCCUGGAAACUCAAUCAAACCCUUCUUUGGUGGACUUGGGUGACUUCGUACCUCUGAGUAGCUUCGAGACGACACCGAUAUGUUUUCCUUCAAUGUAGGAAAUUUCAACUUACAAUAGUUUGUUUAGUGACUGUUCAAACUUACAACAGCACUGAAAAAGUGACUCGUGACUGUUUUUCACACUUAUAACCAUUGUGACAUCCUCAUGGACAUGUGAUCAAA